GCGGCGCGGCGCCUGAGCGCAGGGCUCCGCUCCGCUCCCGAGGAUGCUGCGGGGCAAUGCCCGGCGACAGGGAGGACGAGAUCUGCCAGAAAGCUCUGCAGCUGCUGGCCGAACUGUGCUCCGUCGGGGCGGUGGAAAACGAGAACUGCAGGGAUUUCAUCUACUACCUGCGGGACAGAGCCCGGCCCCGCCUCACCGACUCAGAUAUCUCAGUAAGCUUGCUCUCCUUAGUUGUCACAGCCUGUGGCCUUGCUCUGUUUGGUGUCUCUCUGUUCGUAUCCUGGAAGCUUUGUUGGAUCCCUUGGCGAGAGCGUGGUUUGCCGUUUGGGAACAAAGACAACAAACAAGAAUCCCUCAACUACACAGACACAGAGACCAAUGACCAUGACUACAGUGAGGAUUAUCUAGGUCAGCCUACAGCCUAUCCAGAGUCCUCCAUGAAGAUCAGCCACACCUCUCCUGAUAUUCCAUUAGAUGCUCAGGCAGGAUCGAAGGAGAACUGCGUACACAGCAUGCGAAUGCAGCGUCAGGUCACUGAACCAACCUCUUCUGCUCGGCACAAUUCCAUCCGAAGACAGCUCAACCUCUCCAACCCUGACUUCAACAUCCAGCAGGUUCAGAAACAGGAGCAACUGACAGGGAUUGGCCGUAUUAAGCCAGAGCUCUAUAAACAAAGAUCAGUGGACACAGAUGAUGGCCGGAGAAGUAACAGCAAGGCAUGUGGAAAGCUGAACUUCAUUCUGAAAUAUGAUUGUGAUUUAGAGCAGCUGAUAGUGAAGAUACACAAGGCCAUCAACCUGCCAGCAAAGGACUUCUCUGGAACUUCAGAUCCAUACGUGAAGAUCUAUCUACUUCCUGACAGGAAAACAAAACACCAGACUAAAGUGCACAGAAAGACACUAAAUCCAGUAUUUGAUGAAGUUUUUUUAUUUACUGUGCCAUACAAUGAUCUGAAUGCAAGGAAACUCCAUUUCUCUGUGUAUGACUUUGACAGAUUCUCCAGGCAUGACUUGAUUGGCCAAGUGAUAGUGGAUAAUUUUUUAGAUUUGGCAGAUUUUCCCAGGGAAUGUAAUAUUUGGAAGGAUAUUGAAUAUGUCACCAAUGAUAAUGUGGAUCUUGGUGACCUGAUGUUUUCACUCUGCUACCUUCCUACAGCUGGUAGACUAACAAUUACAAUAAUAAAGGCAAGAAAUUUAAAGGCAAUGGAUAUCACAGGAGCAUCAGAUCCCUACGUGAAGGUUUCUUUAAUGUGUGAAGGAAGGCGACUGAAGAAAAGGAAGACUUCCACCAAGAGGAAUACCCUUAAUCCUGUUUACAAUGAAGCCAUAGUCUUUGACGUCCCUCCAGAAAACAUUGACCAAAUUAACUUGUCGAUAGCAGUUAUGGAUUAUGAUCGUGUAGGUCACAAUGAGGUCAUUGGAGUAUGUCAAGUAGGCAACGACGCGGAAAGUCUGGGUCGCGACCACUGGAACGAAAUGCUGUCAUACCCUCGGAAACCUAUUGCUCACUGGCAUCCUCUUGCAGAGGAAUCAAGUGGGGGAGGGUGUCCAGCGCAUCCAGGCUGUGCAGAGAAAUAUAUACACAGUAUAUCAUUUUGGCUCCUGAAUCAGGAUUAGACUCAGCGAGAGCUUCUGGAACCUCUGUGGCCACAGCCAUAGGACCUUGAAUAUUUGCUGAAUAGGACCCUCAGUCUUCUACUGUGUGAAGAGCUAUUGGUUUCAAGUAGCUUCAUGUUAUCCAUGUGUAGCAUUUAUUUGCCAGCUGAUAUUACUGCUACUGAUAGAUUAUCUGUAUGGUUGUGAGCAUUACCCAAAUUCAAGUCAGAACUUCUGUUUGUCAGAAGUAACCAAGGUUGUACAAGCAACAUGAUAGCAGAGAAAACUAAAAAAUAUGGGAAGCAACAAUGAAUACUUUACUUGUAUCUGCAGAAAAAGGUGCAGUAUUGGCUCUCUAAAUAUUUUUUUCAAGAAUGAUUGUCAUUGGAUAUUUAUUUUUUAAUGACAAGUUGUAUCCUCAGUCUCAGUUGGUGCCUACUUUCACCUUUCAUGAAAGGAUCUUUGAAAAAAUCCUGCACAUCUGAAAGCCUGAAAAAAAAGUUCAGUUGGGUGAGAACAAGAUACAUAUGGUAUUUGUAAUAACAGUAUGUUCUUUUAGAAACAAGAUAACCAUCUGUAUAAUACAGAGGCUGUUAGUCCUCGACCUUUGUAGAUGAUUUUCAAGUCAAUGUUUCUUAGUUGUGUCCAUGACCCUGUAAGAAAUUGGAAGCAUAUCACAGGCAGCUAUGCUCCAUCGUGUACCCAAGCACACAGCUGUGUGCCUGUGCACACACAAUGUCAUUUGAAAAUGCUGCUCCAAAUAUAUACUGCCUGUGAAGACUUCAUUAAUUGUAGUAGAAGUAACACGUUUGUUUUACAUGAUGGUAUAUUGUAAACGCUGACAAAUUCUGGCCACUAAAAACAGUCAUUAAAAAAAUAAAAGCAUUUAAUUCUUUGAUGUGAUGAAAUCUGUAUGCUAGAACAAGAGCCACUGGGAUACAUUUUGGCCACUUAUUUAGCCAUGCAUGAAGUUCUCUCUUCCUUCAAAAUAUUCAAGACAGAAUUUGGUUCAAGUUUGAGGACUUUUAUUUUAAAAUGCAAAGUAUGGGUAUUUUAUACCAUCUACCUGCUUACUACAUACUUACAGGUAAAGAGCCCUGACUUUUAUAUAUACUUCAGAUAAGUUAUGUGCACACACAUCACCUCAUGUCUUGAAUGUGUUCAGUGCUCACCAAGCAUUUUGGUUGUGUAAUUUUGCUGACACAAAUAAACGUGGACAGAAAUAUUUGAGAUUUUGAUCCAAAAUCUGGUAAAUUUGGUUUAUUGCCUAUCUUGGAGAAAAUCUUGGAUCUGUUGUAGAUGUGUGCUGCAGCUAUAAAGCAGAAGACAAGUACAGUGGUUUUCAAAACUCUCAUGCCAUGCUAUGAAAAAGGCAGCUACCGCAUAGAAGAGUACACCUGGCAAAAUAACCCUUCAAAUCCUGCCCAGGCAAAACUGCAGAUGAGUAACUGGACAUUUACAAAAAGUGCUGAUAUAAAGUUGCACUGGCAAAAUGAUUUCACUACACUUUCAUCAUCAGCAAGCCACUGAUACCAUGUUCAUAUCUGUUCUUGAGUGAUGCUCAUUUCAGGCACAAUCCUGAGCUCUUUUUCCCAAGCUAUUUUCCCAGGAGUCAACACAGGAUGAUUGUUCAUGCCUAAGAAGGACCUCUUCCUUUGGAGUACAGUUCUUUAAUUUCCUGGAUAAACCACUAUAAAUGCAUCCUUGCCUGGAACACAGAGCAGGCAGCUGCAUGAUUUCCCACUGCAAUGUUAACAACAGUAACUGCUAUAAAAAGGAAAGCACCAAUGCAGUGGGCUUGUUCUGUGUCCAUGGAAGAGUGCAGAAACUGUUCUAAAAUAUGCCUUUAGCUUCUAAAAGGGGUACCAGCUGAAAAGUAAUAUAAUUAUAAUUGCUAGGGUCAUUUUAUUACUAUACUCCCUCUAAUUAACACUCAAGCAUCUGGCAUCAAGAGAAUUAUAUUGAAUAGAUUUCUAGUCAAAAUAAAAAUCUCUGUUCAAUAAGCAUUUAAGGUGGAAUUGAACACACCUCAAAAGGCUUUGGGAUGAAGAAGAAAAUCUAUUUUUUUUAUUAAAUUCUCCCAAUUCUGCUGGCUCAUGACUUGCCAACUGCUACUCAGGCUAUGGCAUUACCAUGGACUUACAACAAAUAUCUGCCUUAUCCACGUUGCAUAUAUGGAAUGAGAGUUGGUUUCUAUAUUUGGGUACUUCACUCUUCACCUUUAUACUCCAUUUAAUCAAUAUUAUUCCCUAGAGCUGAAAUAUUUUCAUGUUAUAAUUCUGGUGGGCCAGUAGACUGCUGCUGUCUUUGGACUAAAGUAUAAUAAUACAACAGCACGCUGGGAAGAACGGAGUAUCCACUGCUACAAGAUCACCCAGGAACUCAAAGAAAACUAGAAUUCCAACACUAUUCUGUUGGUUUGGGUUUUUUUUUUUCCUUUCUGAACUAUCAUUUUCAGAGGCAAAUUAGUAGAAAGUUCACAAGAAUAAUCUCAAAGCUGCAACCUUUGUUUUCAUCUUUCCUGUGAAUGCAUGAUUAUGCUGUAUAACAAGUACCCUAAUUCCAAAAUCAAAAAGGAAAUGCCUUAGAAAUGCAUCUCAGCAAGAUUUUAAUCCCACUCCACUCAUUAAAAAUGUGCUAUUAAUCUAUUAGUUUUAGUUCUCCAUAACAGCCACCAUUUCAGAUGUUGUUUCAUUAAAAAGCAGUAUCAAUGGGAAAGCCUUCCAAGCUACUGACACUGAGGCAAAAUACAAUGGGCACUUGUGUGAUAUUCCCAUGCCAAAAUACUCACAGCACUACCUUUCUGCAGCUGAGUGCUCAAAUAUUUCUUCAUCUGUUCCAACUGAAGUCACAUGACAUUAAAAGCAUUUUUGUUCUCUUGUGUUUCAUUUUUCCCUGUAAAUAACCCUGGCACUAGACAAACACACAUUCAUCUCAAUUUGGGAAAGCAGGGACUACCCAAACAGAAAGCAAACAUGUAGUACGAAAGUCCUAGUGCUCAAACUUCCUGCCAGUGCACUCUUUAGCUGCCUAUGCCACUGAAUCCAUAAAACACCAAAAGCAGUACAUAUGAGGAACUUGUUAUAUAGAGGUCAAACUUAAGCAUCAGUAGCAAAACUGGUGGUCCAAUCCAAAGUGUGACAACAGCAAAAGGCGAUGCAAAAACAAAAGAAAAUUAAGAGGUUGUUUUAAUCUCCCUUUUUUUUGGCUUGAGGUGAGAGUUGUUUGGGCUUUUUUGUUGUUGUCUUUGUGUUUGGUUUCCUUUGUUUGUACACCAAACAUGACACACAAGUAUACUAACAUUACCACCCAAAAAUCAGGGUUUCAAGAGAUAUAUUUAUAUGCCUAUCACUCUGUAACAUUUGAGCACUGAGGGGAUCUAUUUGCCAUUAAAACAAACAAACAAAGCAACCAACCCGAACAACAACCAAGCGGCAAAUUCUCUUUCAGUUUAAAAGCAACAGACAGCAAAUGAGAAAGGAGAAAGAGGAGUGGAGAUUCAGAUGAAAAAUCUCUUUCGCCCAGUUGGAAAUCUGUCUGAAAUUACUGUUAAGGUGUUUUCUUUGAAUAGAAAGAAGUGAAAAGAUGUAGAUGAGGUGAGUCAAUCUGAAGUGUGAUCAAUUAAAUGCUUUCUUCCCUUUAGAACAGUGCAUUGUCAAAUGAUUACAUCUCAGUAUCAAGUGAGAAAACAAUGGCUUUCCUAUCUAGAAGGAAACAAUCAUGUAGAGAUAGUAAUCCACAAUACUGUAAAAUUUAAUAGAAGUUGUCUGUGCUGGAGAAAAUGGCAUCAGGAUAUGCUUUGUAACAACAUCACCUUGAAUCUUGCUGUAGUUAGUGCCAGACCUUGCUUACAACUCUAAUUCUGUUCCAAAGUGACAGCCUUACAAUACAUGAACCAAGCUGUGAAUUCUCUUGUAAGGCCACAGCACAUUCAAAGCUGAGUAGUUUCAAGAGCUGUGUUUACAAUUAACUUCUAGUAUGGUGGGUUGGGCAAGGAACUACAGGUGGAUGUUUUCCAGAGUCUUGCAGUUCUCUGAGAGGACCUCCAUCUUCUUGAAGGUCCAUAAAGUGCACUAAUCCAGAUGGCAGUGACAUACACUAUUCCAGAAAGAUAUCAUCAGGACAAAUCUCAGCUGGUGAUGGAACACACACAGCAUAGAGGGGAAGAAUGACAGGAGGACUUGUAAGCAUCUGGGCUGUUUGUUUGGCCUGGAUAUUUUAGUUCCCCCUUCAUUUGCUCAAAUGCAGACAAGGUAAACCUGGAAUAUUUUACUCAGAUGCAUGCUGGCCAGCUGUCGUUUUUAACAUCCAUUGCAAAGAUGCGUGAAGAGAGGUGUAUUGUUUUGAUAUACUUUUGGGUUUAUUAAACACAUGAACAUUGUACUAUAGUUUAUUACUUCUUGUUCAAUAAAUAGUCCUGGUAUCUCUAUGUUUCAUGUCUAAUUUUGGAGAGUAGAGCCAUACCUGUAUCAAGGCUCUCUCAAUUAGGUGGGCAUUUUGUCUGUUCAGUAGAAAUAAUGCAUGAUUCCUUUCACAGUGAUGGUUUGAGGGACAAAAAGAUUUCUUAAUUUUAUAAUAUGUAUUACAAUCUUCUAAACACAAGUAAAAAUGUACUGUGAUUUAUUUAUAUAAAUCUAUCCUGAACAAGUAAGUUUUGAUCUUAAUAAAAACUCUGUGAGAAAUUG